AUGCGAAACGGAGAUGCAACAGUGACUAUCGCGUGCUUGUGCCUGAGAUCUCAUUGCUGCCUUACCGAUACGAAGGCUCACCAACUCGAUACCCGGCUUGCCACACCUUCGGACUUGAAACUCCAAUCGCAAGCAAAUAAACCAGGAAGUUACAGCUACAGCUACCUUGUCAGGAGUAAAAUAAUAGCUAAUGAACCUAAUGUGGCUUUGUUAAGGUAUCUGAAGCCGAAGCAUCGUGGCGAGAGGGAGCUGGGGCAUGAAGCGAGGGAGGGAAUGAGGGGCGCAGAGGGGAUAGAAAGGAGUCUGAUCGACUAUGUCUACGGCGGAGAAACAGAAGACCCUGGCGAGGAGAUGGCUAGAUUGAUAGGCGACGUCGAGCGCUUCCGCACUCAGUCUCCCCAGAGCGAGAAGAAAGAGGAAGAAGAAGCCGCGAUCGAGAAAAGAAUAAGAAAGGAACUGGAAAAGAUUCUCAAAUGGUGUGAGCGGACGUUCGGCGACGCAGCUUGGCUCGAUGCGAGUGAGGCGUGGGUGGAGCAUAGCGAGGAGGUGUGAAGUAUAGCGAAUGAUAUGGUCAGUGGGGACAAGGCAUGGAGAAAGUUUUGAGCCGGAUGGCGGGUCCCGUUCAAGGUGAUCGACAAGGACCUGG